AUGCAUAGUAUGCGUGCACUCGCCCUUGUCGCAGUUGCUGGCGCUGCCGCCGAAGCAAGUCAACAGGGUCACAUCAUGGAGCACAUUCACGCUCCGGCUAUGAUUCCUCGCGACCACUGCACUGAUCUUCCGAAGCUCUGCACAGAUCCGGUGCUCUUGCGCGGUCAUGAGAUCACUCUGACCUAUCUAUGUCCCGAGACCGAAGGUCCAUCCACUGUCACCGCCACCACAACGCGUACUAUCACCGUGACAGUAGGCCUGACCUCUAGCGUUUCUGUUGUGGCUACCUCGGACAGUCAGACGCCUGUGAUAGAAGAGCCCACCACGACUGAGACGGUCAAGUCAACAACUCAGGUCACUGUCACCAAUUUUGUCACUAGAGUCACCGCUAGCACUACUUCGUCGCCUCUUUCUCCACCUACCAUCACCUGGUCCUUCACGGCUAUUCCUCCUGGCGUUGGCUCCACACCAGUGUCUUCUGUCAAGGCUCCUACAUCUGGCGCCAGCAGCUCUUUCGAGUUGUCCCCUAGCCAUGUAAUUAACAGCUCGUCUUCCGUUGCCUCUACAUCCUCGAAACCUACAUCUAGCGCCAGUGGCUCUCUCGAGCAUUUCCCUACUUAUGUCAUCGUCAACUCGUCUUCGAUCGCUUCAACAUCCUCGGUGGCUACUUUACCUUCCCUCGGUAUCCAUAGGCCGAUCUACUGGAACCACACGGCUGUUCACCACACUGGCGUUCAUCACAUUAUCGAUCACCCUACUCUGAACGUAGUAAGGGAUGCCGAGGCCAAGUCCACCGAGACUGUCACUACUACCGCUGCGAUCGCGACUGAGAGUAAAAAGGGUCAGGCAGGAGAUAUCCAGGCCUCAUUCAUUGCGCUAUUCUUCGGUGUGUCGGCUGCCACCCUACUUAUCUAG